GUGUGCGCCCGCACGCACACAGGCGCGGCUACUUGUAAUGUACAAUUACCAGUAAUAAACGAGCAUCUAUCAGAGCCGGUUGUUUCACUUGUUUCACUUAAGUACUUGCAUAUACCUCACUGGCGACGAUCCGCGUCUUACCCGCGUGUGUAUUUAGAAAUAACCGUUAUAAUGGCUACUAAAACUUCUAUCGGAAAUUUAAGUCAGUUUGACCAUAAUACCCAAGAAUGGGAAAUUUUCAGUAGUCGUUUGAAGCAGUUCAUCAUUUUAAACGAAAUUAAAGAUGAGAUGAAGCAGGCAGUGCUACUGACACACCUGCAUGACGAUACAUACCGGCUAUUGAAGAACCUUGUGUACCCAAAAAAGGUAGAAGUCGUUGGGUACGACGAGCUGUUGAAGGUGCUCGACGGUCAUUUUACUCCGAAGAGGUGUACCUUCGCUGAUAAGAGCAAAUUCUACGAGGCAACGCGUGACGUGGGGGAGAGUGUCGAGAAGUGGGCGGCUAGGAUCAGAGGACUCGCCGUGCACUGCGAGUUUGGAACCUCGCUGGACAUGCUGCUGCUGGACAAGUUCGUGCUGGGGCUACGCGCCGGCAAGGAGCGCGAGCGACUCUUCGAGCAGGACGUCACCACGCUCACGCUGGCGAAGGCGAUGGAGCUGGCACAGCAGACGGAGUGUGCGCAGAAGGCGCGCGCAGACGCGGUGGCCGUGACCGUGAAGCAGGAGCCGGUGUACCGGGCGGGCGCGCAGCCGUCCGCCGGCCGCCGGGACCCCGAGGCGAGGACCUGCUCGGUGUGCGGUAUGAGGAGCCACGACGAGAGUAGGUGCCGAUACAAGUCCUACCGGUGCCAGCUGUGUGGUGAAAAAGGACACCUCAAGAAAGUGUGUACUUCCAAAAAGCAGUCCAAGUGUCGCGUGAACAAUGUUGAAGCGACAGAGUUCUCGGCAGAAGGUGGAGACUGUGAUAAUUGCCAGGAAUGUAAACUUCUAAGCUUAAGAUGUAAACAUUAAUCAGAGCUCGAGUGAGGUAACAAGGUUGUUAAAUCAAUUUAGGAGUUUAUUCGAAGAAGGGUUGGGCAAAUUUAAUAAGUUCAAAGUCCACUUGCAAUUGAAAGAGAACGUUAAACCUAAGUUUUUCAAACCGCGGUCAGUUCCGUUUGC